UAUCGACGCCCUGCACAAAUCAUAUGGCCUGGCGCAAUUGCAGUAUUUAACGACUUUGGCAUUGCAAUUGGAAGCCUGCUCAGAUACGGCUUUUGGAACCUGGAUGGUGUCCACGGACUAAGAGCAUGGAGGCAUUACAUGCUUCUUUCCCUUCAUCCUAUUAUAAGUGAAGUAACAUUCCAUCUGAGCGGAAUUAAUACCCCCGAUGGUAUCGGCUGACACUCAGAGAGCAUAAUAUUGUUGAAGAACGAGUACGUGACAAUGCAGUGCCGCAAAAUAAAACGAGCAAGUUAAACCAGAUACUGGAAAGUUUGAAAGAGCCUCGAUUUUACUGUCUUACCCUCACUUGCUUCCUAAUUGAUUUGGUGAACGGUUGUGUGUCCAUAUUCAGCACAGCAGUUAUCAUCAAUUUCGGGUUUUCAGUAACGAUGGAAAUAGUAUACUGCUUCAUCUCGCAAUGCUUACUUUAAUAUGAUAUGCCUGCAUACUUUGGCUUGUCAGCAGUUUUUUGGGAUAUCGCAACAGUUUGUUUUAGUCAUCGGUUCAAUGAAAACAGCUACAUUGGUGUCUUGGGAAGCUUAACGUUUUUUACCGGUGUCGUUUUGCUUAUUGUGCUUCCAGUAGGCAGUGCACAGCUCGCAGGCACCUUAUUAACCAGCAUAAGCCCCGUAGCAAUGAUGAGCUCUGUAGCGAUUUCCAACAACACAAGCGGCUACACGAAAAAUGUGUUUACAAGGGAGCAUACUUUCCAGCCUAUUGCCUGAAUAGCUUUAUUAAACCGUUACUGAUGCGACAAGAAGAAGCUCCUCGAUACCGUAGUGGCAUGAUUGUUUACAUGGCGGGGAUGAUUAUUUCAGGUCUCCUGUUUCUUCACACACGUUGGACGUAUGUACGGGAAAACCGAAGGCGUAGUCACAUAGAAAGAGAAUAACCAACUUCCGCCACUAGUCCGAGAUACAUAGCAAGUCGAUCUCACAGAUAAACAGGAUAACGAUACAUGCUACAGUACAAGUGAUCUUCCCUUUAUAUAAAUGACA